AAACAAGGGCAGGGUAAGGCCAGAAUCCCGCCAAACCACAGCUCCAAGUCCGCGUAACAGUCCCGCCUGGCUCCCCAACACGGAACUACUGUGCACCCCGCCCCCUGCAGCGCAGCCCCGCCCGCGGAGGUUGCGCCCAAGGCUGUUCCACCCACCGGGAAGACAGCGCGGGAAUUUUUAUCCAGGCCUACAGCGAGGCGCGGCUUCCUCAGCCCCUCCCUUAAACCCUCAGCAACUGGAGCCGGCGCCCCAGCCAGUCUCCGCCCAAAGCUGGCCCGCGCCGCCCGCGCGCCCGCACCUUUCAAAGCGCCUCCGCCUCUGCCUCCGCCUUCGCCUUAGCUCCUGGGACUUCAGACAGGCGACGCCCUUGCAUGUUCCGGAGAUGAGGGGAAGUCCCUCCUCUGAGGGACAAGGGGCGGGGCCAGGCUGCGGGAGGGGGCUUCUUCCGGGAGCGUGUGCUGUGGGAGGAGCGGUCGCUGUGCGUUAGUCUAGGAGUGGUGCGGGCUCCUGGUUCCAUCUGAGCCACGCCCAGCCGGGACAGAUUCAGGCCCACCAGGUUCCUGGUAAGGCAGACAUACUGAGUGUAUAACAGCGUGUUCAACUGAAUCUGUGCGACAGAGGAUAGAAGAAUUUUGUGGGCUGUUUCAGUGCGAGUGUGGGGAGAACCCCAGAACCUCACCAUGUCUGGGAAACGGAAGCGAGUGGUGUUGACUAUAAAAGAUAAGCUUGAUAUAAUAAAGAAACUCGAAGAUGGAGGUUCUUCUAAACAGCUGGCAGUGAUUUAUGGAAUUGGUGAGACAACAGUUCGGGAUAUAAGAAAAAAUAAGGAAAAGAUUAUAACUUAUGCGAGCAGUUCUGAUUCCACAAGUCUUCUGGCUAAGAGGAAAUCUAUGAAGCCAUCCAUGUAUGAGGAACUGGACAGAGCAAUGCUGGAAUGGUUCAACCAGCAAAGGGCGAAAGGGAAUCCUGUAUCCGGACCCAUUUGUGCAAAAAGGGCAGAGUUCUUCUUUUAUGCUUUGGGAAUGGAUGGCGAUUUUAACCCCUCUGCCGGUUGGUUAACUCGUUUUAAGCAGCGGCACAGCAUUAGAGAAAUUAACAUUAGAAAUGAAAGAUUAAAUGGUGAUGAGACAGCUGUGGAAGAUUUUUGUAACAACUUUCGAGACUUCAUUGAACGAGAGAAUCUGCAGCCUGAACAAAUUUACAAUGCAGAUGAAACUGGACUCUUUUGGAAAUGCCUACCUUCUAGGACUUCAGUGAUCAAAGGUAAAUGUACUGUCUCUGGGCACAAGUCAAUUGAAGAAAGAGUCACUGUCAUGUGUUGUGCCAAUGCAACAGGUUUACACAAACUUAAACUUUGUGUUGUGGGCAAAGCAAGGAAACCUCGCUCCUUCAAGUCAACUGACACCUCAAACUUGCCUGUCUCUUAUUUCAGCCAGAAAGGUGCAUGGAUGGAUCUUUCCAUUUUCCGACAGUGGUUUGACAAGAUCUUUGUGCCAGAAGUUCGAGAGCACUUAAGAUCAAAAGGCCUGCAGGAAAAGGCUGUGCUCUUAUUGGAUAAUUCACCAACACAUCCAAAUGAAAAUGUCCUUAGGUCAGAUGAUGGCCAAAUAUUUGCUAAAUAUUUACCCCCUAAUGUGGCUUCAUUGAUUCAGCCCUCGGACCAGGGUGUCAUAGCAACAAUGAAGAGGAACUAUCGUGCAGGUCUUCUCCAGAACAAUUUGGAAGAAGGUAAUGACUUGAAAUCAUUCUGGAAAAAGCUAACUCUGCUAGAUGCACUUUAUGAAGUAGCAAUGGCAUGGAAUUUAGUGAAGCCUGUUACCAUUAGCAGAGCAUGGAAGAAGAUUCUCCCUACCAUAGAGGAGAAAGAAAGCUUGGACUUUGAUGAAGAAGAUAUUUCACUGGCUACUGUGGCCACCAUUUUACAACACACCAAAGGAUUGGAAAAUGUGACUACUGAGAACAUUGAAAAAUGGUUUGAAGUGGAUAGCACUGAACCAGGGUAUGAAGUAUUAACUGACAGCGAAAUCAUCAGAAGAGCUCAGGGCCAGACAGACGAAUCCAGUGAAAAUGAGGAGGAGGAAAUAGAACUGAUUCCAGAGAAACAUAUCAAUCAUGCAGCUGCUCUCCAAUGGACUGAAAAUUUAUUGGAUUAUCUAGAACAACAAGGUGAUAUGAUUCUGCCUGAUAGACUGGUGAUACGUAAACUUCGAGCCACCAUCAGAAAUAAACAGAAGAUGACCAACUCGAGUCAAUAAUGACAUUUCACUGUUUUUGUUUUGGUGACUGUGUAGAUAACUUUUAACCUCUUUGCAAUAAUGGCUUUAUUUUGUGUGUGUUCUGAAUUCUCAGGCAGUCCUAUCAAAUACAGGUACAAAAAUGUGUCUGAAGUGGUUUGAGGAUUGUGCUUUGCACCUUCUGUGUCUCUUAUCCUUUUACUUACGCAGAUAAUCUGAAGCUCGUUCUGUAUGAAUAUAAUUUACACAUACAUGUUUUCACUUUUGUAGAUCUAUAAUUAUCCCUUCCAUAACAGUGGCAUUCUCUAAAUUUUCUAGCAAAAAUUGAGCAUUCUCCUAAAAUCUUUUCUUUGAUUUUUAACCACUGUCACAAUAAUCUUUUCUUGUGCUAAUCCUCUUAAAUGGUUAUUUUGUGUAUCUGUAUGUGCUGCAAGUAUGAGGAAAUAUCUAUAUUGUUAGAUUUCAGGGUGAUCUAUAAUUCAAAAUGAAGUUCAAUAAUAAGGAGACAAUGAUUUAUGAAUUCCAAGAAUAACAGAAAAAUUUUUGGAUGGUACUAGGGGGAGAUUUUUUCUGGAAAUGAAAGUAAAUACAAUAUAGGAAGUGAUUGCUCACUUAGAAAACUAUUGGAAAGCAGAUAUAUAAAAGAUUGUAAUCUAUUCAUUUGUAGAAAACUGGAAGUUGAAAAUUUGGGGAACUUUAUUUAUACAAAGGGAAGAAAUUGGGUUCUUUUGAUUGGGUAACAGUAUAGGUUUAUUAUUUAUUCAACUAAUUAUAGUACAGGUUUUGUAAUGUUACAUGUGGUAUUGUUUUUUGAGCUCCCACCUUAUAUGUGGGGGAACAUCUUGGGAAUUUGAAAGUUAUUUUUUUUACUGUGUACUUAAUAUUACAUGAAAUUUGAAAAAAAGCUUGUCAUACAUUCCCCUUUUAUUACAUAUGAAAAGAAAAAAUAAAGUUUUUAUUAUUUUUAAUAAGCCAUAGGUUAUAACUGUUUUAUGAAGAGAGCAGAAAUAAUUAGGGAAAGUGCCAGAUUCUUAGGAAUUUCAUCAUUUAUUAUUUUGACACUUGUAAAACAUUCUAGAAUUUAUCAAAAUUUUGAUAAAUUUGCUUAGGAAAUUUAGUAUGUUUAUUCAAGACAUGAAAAAACAUUACCUAUGUGAGUAUUAAUUUAAUUUAUGAUUUAAAAGCAAAGUGUGCCCAUAUUUAAUGUUUUCACACUAAUUUUUUAAGUACAUUUUUAAAAAGUAGAAUUAGUCAUUUUUUAACUUUAUCAUUGAAAUACGUUGCAUUUUAUAGUGCCUUCUUAGAAUUCUAAAAUUUCAAAAAGAUUUUUCACUUCCCAUAAUUUCUGUUAUCUUCAUGGUAUGUCCAGGUUUUUUUAAGGACAUGUCUAUGAGAAUUUGAAAGUUGUUUGUGUUGCAUGAAUUGCCUCUGUGCACAGAGGGAAAGAAACAUCAGAAGUUAACGUAGAUAUUGAAGCAGAUAAUUAUAUCUUCUAUAAAUUAAUCAUAUGUAAAUUGACUUUUCAUUUUUCUAAAAUGAAAAUACUAAAAAGCUUCUUGGAAUUUGUCUGGAUUUGGUCACUUUUAAAAUUAACCUUGUCUGUGAAAUUCAGCUAUAUCAUUGCCACCUAGUGGUUCAAUUAACAUAACUGUUAAGCUGUGUGGUUUUAAACUUUAGUAUCUAGUAAAAGGUUCACUGUUUUGUGGCCUUGAGUGUGAAUCUUAUGACUCUUCUCUAGCCUGUGAGAAACUUUGCUUUCUUUGAUUUGUAGCUAUUUGCUCUUUUCUGAAGCUGCCAACACUGGUAAGCUAAUAGUUCUGUUUUGGACCUUUCUAUCCUUAAACAAUUAUAAAAGCUGCCAGUUAUUGAAUACUAUAUUAUGUCCUAAGCAGUGUACUUAUAUAAUCCUCAAAUUGUGAAUUAUGAGGAAAUACUAAUGCUCAGCUCACACUCUUUAAUUGCUGAAGAUCAUCCACUUGGCUACAGGUAAGAAUUUAAACCCAGGUGUUUGAUGCCAAAACCUGCGCUUAUAUAGGGUCCAGUAGAAGUAAGGCUUGCUUGAGUGUGGUUGGUAGGAUAUGUGAAUGUCUUGCAAGAGAUGGACAGCAAUUUGAACAUCUCACAAAAAAUAAUCAUAUGGUGUGCUUGAGUGUAAUAUUGUUAUGUUACAGAAUUACAUACUUAAUGAUUUUGUAAUAAAAGAUUUUGUAAUGAAAAAUAGGGGCAUUAUUUGUGCCAGAACCUGUAUUAUCCAACCUAGGCUAACCCUUUUCAAGUCUUCAACAUUUAUUCCUUGCCACCACCUCUACCACAUGGUACAGUUAACUGAAUGUACUUAACUAUUUUCCAGUGUAUUUGUGGCAGCAACUGCCUUUUUCUUUACCCUUUUAUGAGAUUAUUAGUCUUCCUUUUUACAACUAUGUAGUGUCUCUAUUUCCCUGUUUAUGCACAACUUAACAGUAUUUGGAACUUGCAUCAUCUGCUUUCAGGUUAGCUCUGCUCAAUGAGGAUCCUUUCUCACUUCCCAAUUUAAAACCCACCACUGGGAAAAAGUUCAGCAAACAUUAUUUCUCUUUAGUUCAUGAGGCAUUCUGAAAGAGUUGGCACAGUACAGUACUAACAUGAAAGUCUUGCUGGACAAAAGAUACUGGAAAACAUUGUUACCAAAGGCACAUGAGCACGUAUAUACUCAGAUCCACAGAGAUCAAAAGGAGCAAAUCAAGCCCCCAAACAAGAUAUGGGGAAGAGAAAAAAGGUUAGUUUCAAAUAGGUAGUCAGAGAAGAAAAAAAAUUUAAGGGAUAUGUGGCUUGCAGUGAGGUUCAUUUAGUACCAAAAUAGUAGUGAUGUGGUUUCAGCAUCCUAGCCCCAGGCUGACUAGUAUGUGCUGCUCACUCAUAGAUGGACCCUGUCAUCCCCCUUUGUUUUCCUUUUUUCAGUUAUGGGAUGUUAAGAAGUUAGUGCCACACUAAAUGUUUCAUCCAUAGUUGGAACCAUUUAAUGGCUGAUGCCAGAAGAUGCUUGUGUACUUUAUCUGCUGCAAAGUAAAAAAUUCUUAGUGUGCAAUUCUUAUUCUCUUACUGUGCCACCAGUGGUUCUGUUUGGCUUUCCAUUUCUCCACUAAAUAAUUAGUCAUAGACAUGUUCUCUAACCACCCUUGCCAGGUUUCUCCAUUGAUGAGCCUUGAUACAUCUCUCAGAAAACCAACUGUACAUGAAAAUAUUUCUUUAAAAUACACUCUUAGUAGCCAAGAACUCUGUAAGAGUAGGUUUACCUGCAGGGGUUGAUGCAGAAAAUUAGAAACUUGCUUUUCAUGAGAGUUUUUGGGCCUUUUGGGAGUAGAUGGGUGAGGGAAGUGGAAUUCUUUGCCUGUUUUAAAUUCAGUGAAUCAUUCUAAAGAGUCCUGCGUAUACAUAAAUAGUUUCAAAUACUUCUCUAUUUAAUGUUAGGAAUUUGCAUUAAAUGUUGCAUUUUUAAAUAAAUCAUUUUAACCUUCAAAAAAUCAGUGAAUCAAGAAUUUGUUGAGUUUUACUAUAUGUGUAGACUGUACUGGUGGUGGGUUUAGGAAAAUGUAAAAAAGCGAAGACUGGUUCUUGUCUCUCAGGAUCUUAAAAUCAAGGUGGAAAAAUAACACUUGGAAAAAAACCCCAUCUGGUUUGUUUGUAAGCUCACAUAGAACAGCUAACAAUGGGGUAAGGAUUAUGUAAGGAUACAACAUGAUGUAUUUUGCUUAUUCAUCCCUUUGCUGGCUUCUCUAUACAUUUAAAACUUCUCUUUGUUUUCUUUAGUUUUUACUGCUCCUGGGUAUCCAUUUCCAUUACCUGCAUGCUUAUGAUCCCAAAUCUAUCUCUAGUCACUCUUUCUUCAGAUGUCCAGAUCUGUAUCUUCAAUUGAGUAUCAGGGUUUAAGUUCAGAAAGGAAAUUAAAAUUAUUUCUUCAUUUCCCACCUAUAGCAAUCUCUUCUAUCAGCAUCCUAAUGUCAGAGCCAUCUAGAUGGGCUAAAGAUUUAAAAUGAUUUUUAACUGAAUGCCAAAUUUAAGUUUAUCUACUUCAGUCUGAAAUGAAAAAAAAAAAGGUAAUUAUCUACUUCUUUAUCUCCUUCUUUAUCACAUAUGUCCUUGACUCUGAUCAUUCCUUCCUAUGGACAGCCACAAGUGGUUUCUGUUUUUGGUACCCUUGUUGCUGCUCAAGUAAAAUUUAGUGUGUUGUGUUUAAAUCCCUAACCUCCUUAAAAGUCCUUCACUUAAACUCCCAGGUGUGUCCAACCUGCAGCCUGCGGGCUGCAUGAAGCUCAGGAUGGCUAUGAAUGUAGCCCAACACAAAAUUGUAAAUUUACUUAAAACAUUAUGAGAUGUUUUUGUGAUUACGUGUUACCAUGUAUUUAAUGUGUGACCCAAUACAAUUCUUCUUCCAAUGUGGCCCAGAGAUGCCAAAAGGUUGGACACUCCUGUUGAGACCAACUACACUAUUUAGAAAUGUCCUCUCAUCUGUUUUUCCUAUUUAAGGUAGCUGUCAAGUUUGCACAGUAACUAAUGUCAUGCAGUUAGAAGCUGGGAGUGAAAGAAUGCCCAGUGUUUCUAAGGUCUCAGAUUCUCUAAGACUUGUUAUAUUGUGGAGUGCUUUUUGUGAUGUGUGGCUCUUAAUAAUGGACUAUGAGAUUAAGGACCAUGGAAUCAAUGUUUUUGCAGCAUACAUUCAACAAAUGUGUACUGAACAAAUACUAAUUGUACAUUUUGUAUGAGUAAGGCAUUAUAUGGGAUACAUGAGUAAGAUUAUCUGCAUUCAAAAAAUGUACAGUGGAGAGGAAGAGACUUCAGGAAGAAUGAAUUAAGGGUUACAUGCUGAAAGGGUGCAAAUAAAAGAUUCAUUGAUUUGGGUAUGAGUGACAUUAGAUAGUAUAAUCUGAUAUGAGGAGUGGAAUUAUAAACAGUUGAGUUGAUCUUGAAAAAUAAUAAAUUUUCAUAAUGUUUUAUUGUGUUCAGUUACUGCCAAAUGUCCUCUGUGAAGGACAUCCUCAGUUGGGAACUAACUGCUAUAAACCUGUAAGCGCACAGGUAUUUAGUCUACUUUCCAAGUUACUGGAGGCAAUAUUUUAAAAACUUUUUACUACUAUUCCAUCUUUCUAGCCUCUGAUAGUAAUUUUCCUGAUGUCUGUUUCCUGAUCACAAAUUUAAUGCCACAAAUUUGAGAUUUUGGUCAUAGCAACACCCAUUGAUAGGUACAGAUUUCUCUCUUGAUCUGGGUAAUUUAGCUGAUAAGCCUCAUAAUUUUAGGGUUUUGUAAUAAAUGUAUUUCAGCAGUCUUUUGAUGACAUAGGACUUGAUCAGAGCACAAUUUUUGCUCAAGUGGUGAUUCAUUGGCCCAGACUUCUUCCAUCUUUUGAUUUUUGCAUUUGCUAGAUGCUUAGAGUCUUCUGUAUUCAGGUAGCAAAUAGGAAAAGUAAUAAUGAAGAAUAUACACUAUGUUUUUAGUUUCUUCUUUCAGAAGUGAUAUAUAUUUCAGUUCACAUUCUAAUGAUGAGAACUAAUCACCUGGCCCUACAUUGAUAGAGGGGGUUUUUGGAAAUGACUCCCUAGCUAGUUAGCUGCUUCCUACUGACAGCUUUAUACUAUGGUAGGAGAAGGCACACAUUUUAUUGAAAGCCCUUUCUGAAAUAAAAAUAAUGGAUUUAUUCUCAGGGAAUCAUUUACCCUUCCCUAAUCUUUACUGAGUUUGUAGUCUUUUAUGGAGGUGGUACUUUUCCAACUUUUGGUCAUUCUUAAGUGUGAAUUCCUUACUCUACAGCUGAAAUUGCCCGAAAGACUAUAAUCUCUGCGUAUACAGCAUAUGUUGUGGAAAGUAUGAAAACAUCAACUAAGAUUUGGUGGGAACUAAAGAAACACUGGCUAACCUUUGGUUGGAGCCAUUGAUAAUGAGAAUAAGGAAUGGGCAUUAUAUCCUGCCAGACAGACAAUUGAGUAGCGUAUUUUCUGAGGGUGGAUGCUCCGAAUCCCUCCUCGUGUUACCAGCUACCAGGGAUGUUGUCCUAUGAUUACCUCAAGCUCUGCUCCUGUUUGAUGACGGGCCUCGUUUUCCCUUGUGACUAGCCUGGAAGGUGGUAGUAUGUGUCUGGAUCCUUGCACUAGGCCCUUGUUAGUUACACUAUCUGGACUUCUGCUUCCAGUUUUCACUCUUCAUUAUACGGAACAUGAUUUUCUCACAAUAUAUGGUCCUCCAAAAGUUUAGUUUCCUGUUCUGAGGAUGGCUAUACUGUACUUGCUUCAUUUAAAAGUAUAAAUUGUCUAUUUUUUAUAUGGUUGAUGUAAGAUGAGAAUAGAGCAUCUGCCAUCUCCAUUUAUCUUGGUGUCAAAAGUCAGCAGUGUGUGGUCUUGGAUGAAUCUCUAAAUCUCUCUGAUUCAAUGUAUCUCUACAAUGGGAACAAUAAUACAGAUUGCUAAAUGAGUGAAAUAAAAUAAUGUAUGAUACUU